CCACGAUCUGGCCAUGGUUUUUAGCAAGGAUCAAGCCCUGUCUCUGCCCCCACACAGACCCUACGACUGUGCUAUAGACUUACUUCCCGGAGCUACACUACCCCGCUGCAGACUGUACAACCUGUCUAGACCUGAACAGGCCACCAUGGAGUCCUACAUCCGCGAUUCUCUGGCGGCUGGCAUCAUCCGCCCCUCUUCAUCCCCUGUCGGCGCUGGAUUCUUUUUUGUCUCCAAGAAGGACAAAUCCCUCCGUCCCUGCAUAGACUUCCGGGGCCUCAAUGACAUUACUGUUAAAAAUACUUACCCCCUUCCCCUAAUCAAUUCUGCCUUCACCCCGCUGCAUGGAGCCUCUGUCUUCACCAAACUGGAUCUUAGAAAUGCCUACCACCUCAUCCGAAUCCGGGAGGGCGACGAGUGGAAGACCGCCUUCAAUACUCCCCUGGGACACUUUGAAUACCUGGUCAUGCCCUUCGGCCUCACUAACGCCCCCGCAGUUUUCCAGAACCUCAUCAACGACGUCUUGAGGGACAUGCUCAAUCGGUUCGUCUUCGUCUACCUGGAUGACAUCUUAAUAUACUCCCGAAACCUUGAAGAACACGUCUGCCAUGUCCGCCAGGUCCUCGAACGUCUCCUCCAGAACCGCCUCUUCGUCAAGGCAGAGAAAUGUGAGUUCCACGCAUCCACUGUGGCUUUCCUGGGAUUCAUCAUCUCCUCCGGGGAGGUCAAGAUGGACCCAUUAAAGGUGGAGGCAGUGACUGAGUGGCCCCGUCCCGAAGACCGGAGACAGCUUCAGCGCUUCCUUGGUUUUGCAAACUUCUACCGCCGUUUCAUCCGAAAUUACAGCUCUGUGGCAGCCCCCCUGACCACCCUCACUUCCACCACCAAGAUCUUUGGUUGGACCCCUGAAGCAGACAAGGCCUUCUCUGAGCUGAAGCAACGCUUUGUUUCGGCGCCUAUCCUGAUCCAGCCAGAUCCCGAGAGACAGUUCAUCCUGGAGGUGGAUGCCUCGGACACCGGGGUAGGGGCAGUCCUGUCCCAGCGGGCUGCUACAGACCAAAAACUACACCCCUGUGCCUUCUUCUCACGGCGUCUUACCCCCGCAGAGAGGAACUAUGACGUCGGAGAUCGCGAGCUGUUGGCCGUCAAUCUCGCUCUGGAGGAAUGGCGGCAUCUGUUGGAGGGUGCCCUGCAGCCUUUCAUCGUGUGGACAGACCACAAGAACCUGGAAUACAUCAGGUCGGCCAGGAGGAUGAAUUCCCGCCAGGCCCGCUGGUCCCUCUUCUUCAGCCGCUUCAACUUCUCCAUCACUUAUCGCCCCGGGUCCAGGAACACCAAGCCUGAUGCCCUGUCCCGUCAGUUCUCCGGAGAGAACGCCCUGCCAGACCCGGAACCCAUCUUGCCCCAGACUCGCAUUGUCGCCUCCCUCACUUGGGAGGUUGAGGCCCAAGUACUCCGGGCCCUAGAACAGCAACCUGACCCUGGAGGCGGUCCUCCAAACCGCCUGUUUGUCCCAGAAGCCGUCCGCCCGCAGGUCCUCCUGUGGGGGCAUACCUCUAAGUUCGCCUGUCAUCCCGGAUCUGCCUGCACCUUAGAGGUCCUCCGGCAACGGUUCUGGUGGCCCACCAUGGAGGCAGACACCCGUGAGUUCACCCUGGCCUGCUCCGUCUGUGCCCGCAACAAAACAUCCAAUCAACCCAGCUCCGGAUUCCUGCGGCCGCUUCCCAUUCCCAGGAGACCCUGGUCCCACAUUGCAGUGGAUUUUGUCACAGGCCUCCCUCCUUCCCAGGGCAACACUGCCAUAUUAACCAUUGUCGACCGGUUCUCCAAAUCUGCCCAUUUCCUUCCCCUGCCCAAGUUACCCACAGCCAUUAAGACUGCAGAUCUUCUGGUCUCUCAGGUUUUCAGGAUUCACGGCAUCCCUUCCGACAUAGUCUCCGACCGUGGUCCCCAGUUCACGUCAGAGGUGUGGAGGGCGUUUUGUAAGGCUCUGGGGGCCACGGUCAGUCUCUCUUCUGGUUUCCACCCACAGUCGAACGGCCAGACGGAACGGGCCAAUCAGUCUCUAGAGACUUUCCUACGCUGUGUGGCCUCAGAACACCCUACGACCUGGAGCAAUCAACUCCCCUGGGUGGAGUAUGCUUACAACUCCCUGUCUAACUCUUCCUCUGGACUGUCCCCCUUCCAGUGCGUCCUGGGAUACCAGCCCCCCCUGUUUCCAGCUUCUGAAGAGGAGAUUGUCAUACCCUCGGUGCAAAGCUUCGUCAGGAGAUGCAAACGAACUUGGAGGAAGGUUCGGGUCGCCCUCCGCCGGGCCUCCUUGAGAAUGGAGCAACAGGCCAACCGUCGCCGUUCCCCUGCUCCUGCCUACGCCCCGGGCCAGAAGGUUUGGCUCAGGGCCAAGGAUCUCCCACUCCGGGUGGAGUCAAAGAAGUUGGCCCCACGCUUUGUCGGUCCGUUCGAGGUGGAGAGGGUCAUUAACCCCGCUGCCGUCCGGCUUAAGCUGUCCCGGUCCAUGAAGAUUCAUCCCACGUUCCAUGUUUCGCAGCUGAAGCCGGUACGGGAGAGUCCUUUGGCCCCACCCGUCCAUCCCCCUCCUCCGCCCAGGAUAGUGGACGAUGGGCCAGUCUACACUGUCAGUCGCUUGCUGGAUGUCCGUCGGCGGGGUAGAGGGGUCCAGUUCUUGGUCGACUGGGAGGGAUAUGGGCCAGAGGAGCGCAGCUGGGUUCCCCGUCGCCAGAUCCUGGACCACACGUUGGUCAGCGACCUCUACCGCCGCCACCCAGAGAAGCGCCUUCGUGCACCUGGAGGUGCACGUAGGGGGGGGGGUACUGUCACGCCCUCUACUUCUAGGGCCAGAUAGGGGCAGCCUCUCUUUUCUCUUCUCCCUCUUUUCUCUUCUCCCCCCUCCCUCUUCUCCUCCUCUCCCUCUCUCUAAGCAGGUGUUGGUGUGAUGCAGCUUCAGGGCGGACAGGUGCAGCCACUUUCUAAUCAGCGGAUCGAUCCGUGUGGCGGGGAGAGGAGCGCUUUCAUUCAUUCACCCGCUGCCAUAAAAACCGGACGCUUCCCACAACCCGACGCUGGACCGUAACCUGAAGAUCCCUUGCCCACUCCGCCUGCUCUUCCCGCCUGCGUACCCAGCUCUCCUGCUCUUCAUCCCAGCUCCGUCCAGGACGCCGCCUCACGCCAUCACCACCUGCCUCUCCCCCUCCAGUCGGAAAUCACGGACUGCCUGCUCACUCGCUCUCUCGCUAGCUCUGGUAGUACCCGACCCUGUCUCGCGUUUUGCAGACAGCGCUUUUUGUUAAUUGUUCUGACCCUGUCCCGCGUUUUGCAGACAGCGCUUUUUGUUAAUUGUUCUGACCCUGUCUCGCGUUUGCAGACAGCGCUUUUUGUUAAUUGUUCUGACCCUGUCUCGCGUUUUUGCAGUCAGCGCUUUUUGUUAAUUAUUACUGAUCCUGUCUCGCGUUUUUCAGACAGCGCUUUUGUUAAUUGUUACUGCCCACCUUAGUUCCGUUUUCCUAUUUCUGUUUGCAUUUUUGGGAC